GCGCAGGCGCAGGACAAACGGUCGCGCGGAAGGUUUGAGUUUUGUUUUUUGAAUGGCUGAAGACGGAAAGGACCAUACUGUUUUUUAAAGUUUAGCAAUGUUGAAAUGGCAGCAACACAAAACCUUUCGGAUUCGGACCAGUCGUCCCUAAGCGACCGUUCGGCUCCAGGCCGGAGCUGGAACAGAAGUUUGAGAGUCGCGGAAAACAAGAGGAAGAAGAACGAGGCGGAGGACCCAUUUGUUCUGGCCCUGAAGUAUUUCUCUGACGUUGAAGCAGGAACUCCUGUGACCGGCAACGAUGAGUUGGAGAGGAACCUGGAGCUGGUGGAGAAGGUGGCCUUCAGUAGGGGACUUUCCCCAGAGGCCAUUUCUGUCAUGCUGGAGUUUGCCAUGAGCCUCCGUAUGGAUGUAGAGGGACAGAAUUUUUCCGAUCAUACAUCAAGCAAAUGUGCUCCUUGGUCAGGAAAUGCUCCAUGUGUCCGGGUGCUGAAGUGUCUGAUUCCUGCCACUGUGGUGCCACAGGAAGCUGUUGUCCGAGCAGUGGGUUGGCUGGGUGUUGGGAAAAUACCUAUCACCACUCAGGUUCUUUUUAUAAAGUGGGUGUUGACUGUGUUCGACAUGGUGGACGCAAAAGAUCAGCUCAGAGCUAUUUAUGGCUUCAUCUUCAGCUUUGUCACAGAGGAAAAUCUGUGCCCCUUCAUCUGCCACCUGUUGUACCUUUUGACCAGAAAAGAAAGCGUGCGAGUCUUCAGAGUCAGGAAGCUGCUGGAGCUACAGUCUAAACUGGGACGCCAGCCUUUCCUCCUGCACCUCCUCUCUCUCUACAAAGUGUUUUGCCCUGAGCUAGUGACGCUCUCCAUCCCAUCACAAAUGAAGAGUGGGUUUAAGAACCACAUGUCCCCCUGGAAGUCAGCGCUGAUAGCCGUCCAGAAGAGGAACGGUUCACAGGUUGCUUCCAACAUGGGUCUGGUCUUUACGAAUAAGGAUAAGAGCAACUCUAAGAAAAGGAAACAUUGCCACCUGGAAUUGCCGCCAUUGAGGUCUGUGGUGAACAAAGAGGCUCAGACCAACUCCAGCAGAAAGGUGGUCCCCCUGGUGCAGCUCCGCACCUUUGCUCAGCUGCUGGAAAAUAUGCAUUGCAUAGAGCUGCCUGCUCAGAUGGGCUCACUGCUGGGUUCCAGUCUGGCCCUGCAUUACCUGGACUGUGUACAAGAUGAGUCUGCCCUCCUACGCCUCAAUUUCUGGCUGGGCUACGCUCUCCACGAAGAGCUUUUGUUCUGUGCCGACGGAGGAGCCGGCCAGGACACAGAGGAAACCCUCCAGUUUCUGAAUAGGUUGCUGUCGUCGCAGCACUUUCUCCAGGAGGGGUUUUCCAGCUCCGAGGCCUUCCUCUACAAAUUCCUCAGUGUGUGGGAUGGUGCCCUGCUCUGUCCACAGGUCCUGGGCCUGCUGAGCAACAUCCCCGUCGUCCCGAGUUCCCAAAUCGGGAGACUUCUGUUUGAGCCUCUUAUGCAGCUCUUCCUGACGUCCUCGCUGUUCUUCAAGUGCGGACUGCUGGAGUGUCUCAACACUAUGCUGUUGAAGUGGCUGACCUGGCACUCGGUCUACGCUCUGGAGGACGACCUGGACAUCAGCCUCAACAGCCACACCUCCAUAAACAUGACGCUGUCGGGCUUCAAGGACUCUGUGAUGGAGCUGGUUCACUUCGUGGGUCGACUGGCCACUGUUGGCCUCCAGCUCGAGGGCUACCACUCUCUCCUACUCAACUUCACCCUGGGCUUCUACGAGACGGUGUGUGACACAUUUCAGAAGUAUGGGCUCCCCCUCGUGAUUAUACCUCCAGCUGGAGUUUUUUACCCGGCUCUGUUUUCCACCGACCCUGUCAGCGUGGACCGACUGGCCUACAUCAUGCACAGGUACAAAGUGAACUUGGCAUCAGCAAAGAACCAAGAGAAACUGACAGAGCAGGCCUUCCACAUCAACCGGCAGACUUACUGCGAGUUCAACAACUACUUGGUCAUCAUGGUCAACUGCCUGUGGAACUCCAAAAUGUUUCAUCCAGCGAUGGGUCUGCAGCUGGGAGACGAGCUGCUGCUCAAGAGCAGCGUCCCACAACACUGGGAGCGCUUCAACCUCAUCCACCAUCCGGCCUUCAUGAGCUACGCUGUUGACUUCCACCAAAAGUGUUGGCCAGAGAAAAAGAACAUGGACCUCAGCUCUAUAACGCACUCCAAACCAUGGAGCUGGUACCUGGAGUAUCUGUUCACUCAGGGCUUUGACGGCCUAAAACACUUUUUUAAGAGUAACAUCAUCCGGCAGCGGACAACAGGCGAAGGACAGGAGGAAACGCAGCAGAGCUAGAAACUCAACUCAGUUGAGAACAAACUGCAAGAAAAACUUGCAUCUUGCAUUUUUUUUUAAAGACUUGUAUAUAUUUCAUUUCUUCCCAGCCUGCUGUUUGCAAAACGCCUGAAUAUCUUUUUAUGUACAUAGUUUUUUCUCUUUAUUAUAAUUAUUUUUACUUAUAGUGCUGUCCAGUCUACAAUAACAGACCACAAUACUCCUUAGUGUUGUUUUCAUGUGCAGCUUGGCUUCUGCAAAAAAAUGGCUCUUGCACAUUGUUGAAAAUAAAUAAGUGUAAGACUUUUACUUGAGAAGCAAAUAAAAUGAACCAGUUUUGUCUUUAUAACAUUCACAAUUAGUCACCGUUUGCAGGACACACAUUAAAAUCUUGCCCUUGGACACUA